AUGAUAAGUACGACCAUCGGGUGGGGUGACGAAUACUUGGUUCAAAUAUUUUCAAUUCAGUGUACCGGUCAACUUCGCUGGCUGAUAAAGAUGGAAGUUGUUAACGUAUUAGACAGAGAAAGUGUUUCAGUUCGUCAUUUGGCAAAGAGGUUUAAUAUUGGGAAAACGCAAGCAGCUGAAAUUGCCAAAAAUAAGGAAGAUAUCAGGAGUAAAUGGCAAUCAGGAACUAAUAUAAAUCAAAAGAAGGAUUUUUUAAAAAAGGAAGAGUGA